AGUCACGUGGCGCAGCUGCGGCGGUGUCACGUGACGGCGGGAGCGGUGAGGGCGCCGUGAGGGGACCGGGGAGGAUCGGAGCCCUUCCCCGAUGCGGGGUCCCCUCCUUGCGGCCGCGGGCGCUGCCAUGGGCGGCACGGGCGGUCCCCUGGCCCGCACCAUCCGUGCCAAGCUGACCGCAGCCCUCCAGCCCACCCACCUGGAGAUUCGGGACGACUCCCCCCGCCACGGGGGCCCCCCCGGUGCCGAGACUCAUUUCGGGGUGCUGGUGGUGAGCGGGCUCUUCGCGGGGCUGUCGCCGCUGCAGCGGCACCGCCUGGUGCACGAGGCGCUGCGGGCCGAGCUGGCCGGGCCCCUGCACGCCCUGCAGGUCACCGCCCGCACCCCCGAGCAGUGGCAGAGCGACCCCCAGAACCCCCCCGCGCCCCCUUGCCUGGGGGGGUCCAAGAGGGAGAAGAGACGCGGCGAGGAGGAGGAGGAGGAGGCGGCGGGGAAGCAUUGAAGGCUCUGGGAGAGCCCCGGGAGCGGCGUGAGGCUGCUGGGACCCCCCCAGGAACAACGUGAGGCUCAUGAGACCCCCCUAAAAACGGUGUGGAGCUCACGGGACCCCCCCCAGGAACAUCAGGACCCCUCCAGGAACAUCAGGACCCACCCCCAGGAACAACGUGGGGCUGCUGGGAGCCCCUCAGGAACGACGUGGGGCUGCCAAGAACCCCCCCAAAAACGGUGUGGAGCUCACAGGACCCCCCAGGAACAACAGGGGGCUCCUGGGACCCCCCCAGGAACACCAGGACCCCUCCAGGAACAACGUGGGGUUCCUGGGACCCCCACCCUGGUUUCAGCGUUGGGAGGGGGCAGAAAUAAUUGGGGUGCCCCCCCCCCUGCCAUGUGAUGCCCUGCCCCAACCCAGCACCCACCCUGUGGGGGAUUUUUGGGGUGUCCCUCCCAUUUAAACUGAAUUCAUUCAUUCAUUAAUUUAAAUAAAACUGUUCUGUGGGCA